AUGGAGAAAUUCAAUAGUUUAUAUAGCAGAGAGAUGGGUAAUGGUGAGGAUGAUAAUUUAGAGGUGGUCGUAGAUCUGGAUCAGAAUGUAAAGAAAAAUGAAAAUCGGUUUCGGUUUCCAUAUAUUAGACGUUUAUCAUCUUCCAUUACGCAUUGCUUUGCAGAUACGGAUUGGAAGCCGGCAUUUUAUAAUAUCAAAACUUUUUGUUUUGAUGACGUAAAAAUUGUAGACAUAGAAAAGAAUAGAUUUAAACGCAACAUCUUAGAAAUGAUUCACAUUAGUUUGAGAGAUACUGUUAAUUUGAAAACUGACACGGAAGGGUUAAAUUGCAUUUACGACAAUUUAAUUUUGAGGUAUAAAAAUAAAAAUAGAGAGUAUGGAUAA